UCUCUCUCCCUCACCCCGCUGCGUCAAGCACUCGCCGGCGACAUGGCGGAGAACAUAGCCAUAUCGCUCUCCGCUAAACUCGGCGUGGCGCUGUCCCGCAGCGCUGCCAACGGCCUCUCGGCCCUCUUCGGUGUCCGCUCCGACAUCGCCACUGCCAGCCAGGACCUUGUCCUCCUCCGCACCUUCCUCCGCUUCGCCGACUCCCACCACGGCACGGACGUGCUCGCCGCUGAGUGGGUCAAGCAAGUCCGCGACGCCGCCUUCGAGCUCGAGGACGUCGCCGACGAGUGCUGCUACCUCUCCGGUCAUGGCCUCUUCUGGGACAUUGUCAACGUCAAGUCUUGGUUCGCGCUCUCGAGGCGACUGCGCAAGGCUCGGGAGAGGCUUCUCCAGCUGUCUGCCGACAAGGAGCAGUUCGGCAUCCGCCCGGCCAACGGUCCCGCUUCUCCCGUGGACGUCAUUAGCCGGACGCAGGCGGAGAGUGCGCACUUCUUGGAGAAAGAGGAGAUCGUCGGAUUCACUGUUUACGAGAAGCAACUGCUGGAAUGGGUGAUCGGGGACGUGGAGCCACGGCUGACGCUGGUCGCCGUGUGCGGUAUGGGCGGCGUCGGCAAGACCACCCUCGUCACGCGCGUAUACAAGGAGGUGGCGACGAGCCACUUCGACUGCGCCGCGUGGGUGGCCGUCUCGCAGGGCUUCACGAUGGACGACCUCCUCCGGAAGAUCCUUAAAGAGCUAAACCGCGACGCCCCCGUGCGCGUCGGGAACGACGCUGAUGCGGACUACCGGUCGCUCGUGGCGGCCGUGCGGGGUCAUCUUGGAAAGAGAAGGUACCUGGUCGUGCUAGACGACAUCUGGGACGAGCACCUGUGGGGCAAGCACCUCCGCCAUGCGUUCCUCGACGACGCGACCGGGAGCCGCGUGGUCAUAACCACGCGCAGCAGAGACGUGGUCAAGGCCGCGCCGCCCGAGAGGAUCAUGAUGCUAGAGCCUCUGCCGUGGAGCGAGGCGUGGAUGCUGUUUUGCAACGUCACCUUUAGGACAGAGCCGGGUCGGACGUGCCCGAGCAACCUAGAGGAGCUGGCUGUCAAUAUGCUUGAGCGAUGCCGUGGCCUACCAUUGGCGAUCGUCUCCAUCAGUAACCUCCUUGCGCUGAAGGAGAAAACAGAGUUUUCGUGGAGAAAUGUCUGCCACAGCCUCGUGUGGGAUAAGAGCAGCAGCGAUCUUGGGAUAGGGGAGGCGGCCAGCAUACUCAACUUGAGCAUCGAUCACCUGCCGCACCACCUCAAGAGAUGCUUUCUGAGCUGCAGCAUAUAUCCUGAGGACUUCUUGAUCAAGAGAAAGAUAUUGAUUAGGAAUUGGGUUGCGCAGGGCUUUGUAGACGACAAACCCGACCAGUGUACAGCAGAGGAUGUCGCUGACGGUUAUCUGGACCAGCUAGUGCAGCGUAGCCUGAUGAAGGCUGUUUACAGGAAUGAGUCUGGCCGUGUCAAACGGUGCCUUAUUCACGACCUCAUCAGGGAGUUGAUUAUCCGCAGGUCCAGAGAAGAGGAGGGGUACUUUCAGUUUGCAAAUCACAAGAUAACAAUGGAUAUAAACAUUAGAGUGCGUCAUCUUGCAGUUGAUAGAUGUGAAAAAGUGGAUUGCCAAUCGGUUCCAAAGGUGGCCUUACUUCGCUCCUUCCAUGCAUUUGCGUCAGAACUGGAUGUUACGUUCCUCUCUCGCUUCAGGCUGUUAACCGUGCUCAACCUCUGGUUCGUUGAGAUGAAAAAGCUGCCCGACUCAGUGACCAAUCUUCACAAUAUGCGGUACCUCGGGAUCCGCACGACUCUCAUAGAAGAGCUACCAAAGGAUCUGGGCAAAUUGCAGAAGCUGCAAACUUUGGAUGCCAAGUUGUCCAUGGUCCAAAGGUUACCAAGCAGCACAGCAAAACUGAAGAGCUUGCGCCACCUGAUACUUUUUAGGCGUGAGGCUGCUGACCUUUCGAAGCCGUAUCCUGGCACGGUAGUAGGAGCCCCUGAAGGGCUGGAAAACCUGACCAGCUUGCAAACACUUAAAUAUGUUCGAGCAGAUAUGAAGACGGUUACAUCCUUAGCAAGGUUGGAGCAGAUGAGGAGCCUGGAGAUAUUUGGUGUGGAUGCGAGCCUUACAACCGAUUUGUCCUUUUCAAUCUCCAGAAUGAGCUGCCUAGUGCGCUUGGGGUUGGAAAUGAAGCAUGGAGCAGACGUAGUACUAGACCUAGAAUCAAUUACUCAACCACCACUGAAGCUGCAAAAACUCGCCUUGGCCGGCAGGUUAGCAGGAGGGAAGCUGCCAUCAUGGACAUCCUCCUUGACCAGCCUCGUGCAACUACAGUUAUGCCACUGCGAUAUUGCGCAAGAUUCACUUUUGCUCCUCGCGGCACUUCCUGGGCUGGUGAAUCUUAGCCUCAUCGCCACCUACCAUGACAGGGCCAUGAUCUUUCCAGGAGGUAGCUUUUCCACCCUUCAGAAACUCAUCUUGAAGGACAUGCCUAACCUUAGUCGCAUAGUGUUUCAGCAAGGAUGCCUUGUAAAGCUACGUGAUCUGGUGCUUAGCCUGUGCACAGAGCUAACUGAAACACCUCAAGGUAUGGAGAACCUCAUGCAUCUCCAGAGCUUGAAAACUUUUGGCAUGCCAACUGAGUUUGUCGAUAAGUUGAAGGAACAGAGUGGUGAUGCUGGAUAUUACAAGCCUGCAAAAUCAGAGUUUCCUCAGGCACUUGGGCCAUCGAGAUAUUUGAGUUGGGUUGGGAGAAACAAGUGAAGAUAAAAGUGUCGAAUA